AUGUCCAACGUACCCUCGUCAUCGGAACCUUGGUCGUUAAUAGGCAAGACCGCUAUUAUCACCGGCGGAUCUCGUGGAAUCGGCAGCAGGACCGCCGCGUAUUUUGUCCGCAAGGGCCUAAGCAACCUUGCAAUCACAUACGUUUCCAACAAAGCCGCUGCCGACAAGACGCUAGAGCACUGUCGCGAACUAGGAAUUAAGAACGCCGUCGCCAUCCAGGCAGACGCUACAGACAGCACAGUCGGUCCCAGGGUCAUCAAGGAGGUGCUGAGCGGACUGAACGUAACCACGAUCGACAUCCUCGUCAACAACGCCGUCAUCCCAAAUGACAAGACCAGAGACCUCAAGACCCUCCAGGCCGAAGACUUCAACGAGUUGAUGGUCGGCAACGUUUACUUCCCCGUCAGCCUCACCGUCGCCUUCCUUGAGCACGCACCAAAGUACGGGGGACGCGUCAUCAACCUCUCAAGCAUGGCCGGCAAGACAGGCAAUCCCGAGGCCUUUGCGACCUACGGUGCCACGAAGGCUGCGCUCGAAAGCUUCACGCGGUCCUUCGCAGAUUCCUUCUCCUUAAAAACAGGCAUCACUUUUAACAGCAUCUCCGUCGGACCUACGGAGACUGAAGCGUUGCAAGGCGCAAGGGAGGAUUACGCCGGGGAAUACAUUAAGGAACAAAUCAAGCUUAUUACUGCGGCUCCCCGCUCUGGAAGCGUAGACGAUAUUGCGUACAUUAUUGGUUUCCUGGCGAGUGAGGAGGGACGAUGGGUAAACGGUGCCUUGAUCCCCGCCAACGGAGGACACAAGAUGACUCUUGCUCUGUUUGGCUAA